GUGUACCCGUCAGUACAUGACUGCUUUUGCGGGAGGUGGUGCUGGUUGCUCUGCUCUCCUACUGCUUCUCUCUCUCUUUCUAUCACGGUUUGUUUCUACUGUGAACUCUGUGUCUAACACACUUUACGAAACCCUAGUUACAUGCACAUCUUGCUCUCCGCUCUCUUUGAUCGAUCUGUUUAGAAGGGUUUGGCGUGACAGCUCGUGCAGAAGCAGCGGCAUAGAGUUUGGUGGCAGGAAGGGAAGGAGGAGAAGGAGAUGGGGGAGAGCGCAAUGACACUUGAUGCUGUCCUCAAGGAGGCCGUCGAUUUGGAAAAUAUACCUAUUGAAGAGGUGUUUGAGCAACUGAGAUGCAGCCAGGAAGGGCUCAGCAGCAACUCGGCAGAGGAGCGGCUUGUCAUUUUCGGCCCGAACAAGCUCGAGGAGAAGGAGGAGAGCAGGAUUCUCAAGUUCCUUGGAUUUAUGUGGAACCCUCUUUCUUGGGUUAUGGAGGCCGCUGCUAUCAUGGCCAUUGCUCUUGCUAAUGGAGGGGGGAAGCCUCCAGAUUGGCAAGACUUUGUGGGAAUCAUAACCUUGCUUCUUAUCAACUCAACCAUUAGUUUCAUUGAGGAAAGCAAUGCAGGCAAUGCUGCUGCGGCGCUCAUGGCACGCCUUGCACCAAAAGCAAAGGUGCUUAGGGAUGGAAAAUGGAGUGAGGAGGACGCUGCUAUAUUAGUGCCCGGAGAUAUUAUCAGCAUCAAGCUUGGAGAUAUCAUUCCUGCUGAUGCCCGGCUCCUUGAUGGCGAUCCACUGAAAAUUGAUCAGUCCGCCCUUACUGGUGAGUCCCUGCCUGUAACCAAGGGUCCUGGUGAUGGUGUAUAUUCUGGUUCCACAUGCAAGCAAGGAGAGAUUGAAGCUGUAGUCAUCGCUACUGGUGUUCACACCUUUUUUGGCAAGGCUGCACAUCUUGUCGACAGUACAAGCCAAGUUGGUCACUUCCAAAAGGUGUUGACAGCCAUUGGAAAUUUCUGUAUAUGCUCAAUUGCUGUCGGGAUGUUUGCUGAGAUAAUUGUCAUGUACCCAAUCCAACGGCGGUCCUAUCGUCCCGGAAUUGACAAUCUUCUUGUUCUUCUCAUUGGAGGAAUUCCUAUAGCCAUGCCCACAGUCUUGUCAGUUACAAUGGCAAUCGGUUCUCAUCGUUUAUCACAACAGGGAGCAAUCACCAAGAGAAUGACUGCUAUUGAAGAAAUGGCUGGCAUGGAUGUGCUUUGUAGUGACAAAACUGGGACUCUUACUUUGAACAAGCUAACAGUUGACAAGAGCCUAAUUGAGGUUUUUACCAAAGGAGUAACUCGAGAUACAGUCAUCCUAAUGGCGGCAAGGGCCUCAAGAAUUGAAAAUCAAGAUGCUAUUGAUACUGCUAUUGUUGGAAGUCUUGCAGACCCCAAAGAGGCGAGAUCUGAUAUCCAAGAAGUUCAUUUUUUGCCGUUCAAUCCGACCGAUAAGAGAACUGCUUUAACUUACAUUGAUAAUGAAGGAAAACUUCAUCGGGUCAGCAAAGGCGCUCCUGAACAGAUAUUGCAUCUUGCACACAACAAGUCAGACAUAGAACGAAGGGUUCAUGCAGUGAUCGACAAAUUUGCAGAACGUGGGCUUCGAUCGCUUGCAGUGGCAUACCAGGAAAUUCCUGAAGGGAGGAAAGAGAGUCCAGGUGGUCCAUGGCAGUUCAUUGGUCUGUUGCCGCUUUUUGACCCUCCUAGGCAUGAUAGUGCAGAUACUAUUCGCAGGGCACUCAACUUGGGUGUUAAUGUCAAAAUGAUCACAGGGGACCAGUUGGCUAUAGCCAAGGAAACUGGUCGACGAUUGGGUAUGGGAACCAAUAUGUAUCCCUCAUCUGCUUUGUUGGGCAAUGCCAAGGAUGAGUCCAUUGCUGCUUUGCCUGUUGAUGAACUGAUAGAAAAGGCUGAUGGUUUUGCUGGUGUGUUUCCAGAGCAUAAAUAUGAGAUUGUUAAACGAUUACAAGCAAAGAAGCAUAUAUGUGGUAUGACUGGAGAUGGAGUUAAUGAUGCUCCAGCUUUGAAGAAGGCUGAUAUAGGAAUAGCAGUGGCUGAUGCAACUGAUGCAGCUCGAAGUGCUUCUGAUAUUGUUCUAACUGAACCUGGUUUGAGUGUCAUCAUCAGUGCUGUCCUAACUAGCCGUGCUAUUUUUCAGAGGAUGAAAAAUUAUACAAUUUAUGCCGUGUCAAUCACAAUACGUAUUGUGCUUGGUUUCAUGCUGCUUGCCCUCAUUUGGAAGUUCGAUUUCCCCCCAUUUAUGGUCCUUAUCAUUGCUAUCUUGAAUGAUGGCACCAUUAUGACGAUAUCAAAGGAUAGGGUUAAGCCUUCUCCUCUUCCUGACAGUUGGAAGCUUGCAGAAAUUUUUACAACUGGAAUCAUCCUUGGAAGUUACUUGGCCGUGAUGACAGUCAUUUUCUUCUGGGCUGCAUACAAAACUGACUUUUUUCCACGAAUAUUUCACGUUGAAAGCCUGGAGAAAACAAAUCAGGAUGAUUUCAAGAAGUUAGCAUCUGCAGUCUACCUGCAAGUUAGUACAAUAAGCCAGGCUCUCAUAUUUGUGACAAGAUCACGCAGUUGGUCGUUUAUGGAGAGACCUGGUCUACUGCUUUUGGCUGCUUUCUUUGUUGCCCAGCUGAUUGCUACUUUGAUUGCUGUAUAUGCUAGCUGGGGAUUUGCUGCGAUCGAAGGGAUUGGUUGGGGAUGGGCUGGUGUUAUUUGGCUCUACAAUCUCAUCUUCUACUUCCCGCUUGACAUUAUCAAGUUCAUAACUCGUUAUGCUUUAAGUGGGAGAGCAUGGGAUCUUGUCAUUGAACAGAGAAUUGCAUUCACAAGGCAAAAAGAUUUUGGCAAGGAGGCAAGGGAGCUCAAGUGGGCACAUGCUCAGAGAACACUUCAUGGUCUUCAACCUCCAGAUUCCAAAAUGUUCACAACUGAUAGGAGCCGUUUCACUGAUCUAAAUCAAAUGGCAGAAGAGGCCAAAAGACGAGCUGAGAUUGCUCGGUUGAGAGAGCUUCACACACUGAAAGGCCAUGUGGAAUCUGUUGUGCGGCUCAAAGGCCUGGACAUAGACACUAUCAAACAAGCCUAUACUGUUUGAGUAGACUGCAAGCAACCCCAACCAUAUAUAACAUUAUUUGUUUUGCUGGUGGUGGCAAAGCAAAGAAGAUCCUUACGCUAUAUAAUACUGCAUGUGUGCUGUAAGGUUUCUGAUAAGUUUGUUCUCUCUUUCCGGCGAGCCAACUUCUGCAGCUAAGUCCUUCGGCCUUGCAAGGUUUGUGAGGGCUUAUGAAAGGCUAUAUAUUUGUAGUAGUUUUUUAUUGGGAUAAAAUUCUGGUGGAAACUUAGUUAAUGUUGAGCUUGCAUACUAUGAUGGGGGGAUGGAUUUGCUUGUAUUGCGAGAUGGAGGAUGUGGUGUUUGAGAAGCUUAUUAGUAGUUUAAAUUUGUAAUUCUGGAAGAUCUUAUAUUGGUAUUUCAAAAAAAAAAUGUUUGUACAAGGGAAAAA